AUGUCUAUAUACCCACUUUACAAGGAUCUAUUUCCACCAACCGGUGUCGAGGAAGUUGUUUGUGCUUCUUUUACUUCGCCUACUGACAUUAAUUUAAUAGUUGCACGUUCAUCGAUCUUACAAAUAUAUAGAUUUGUUGAGCAAGCUGAAGUUACAAAAGAGGAAGAAACAGCCAUGGAAGAGGAUGUUAACUUGGUAAAUGUGUUUGGUAAAGAUGAUGAUCAGAAUUUCAUAUUUCCUACACUCAAACCAGCUGCAAAUCUUUUGUACAUGACUGCUCGCCUUGAAUUAAUUAUUCAAUAUAAGCUCCAUGGAAAUAUAACAUCUAUGGGUGUUGUUCAAACGAUUUCAUCUGGUGCAAAUGGUAUGGAUAGUCUAUUAAUAAGUUUCAAGGAUGCAAAGUUAUCACUUUUGGAGUUUUCUUUGGCAACAAAUAGUAUUGUCACAGUAUCAAUCCACUAUUAUGAACGUGAGGAAUUCAAGUUGGAAUUUCUUUCAAAUCCAUUUCCUACCAAAGUCAAAGUUGAUUCAUCAAGUAGUUGUGCAGUUUUACAUUUUUAUGGUGAUAAGCUGGCAAUCUUGCCAUUUCGUCAAGAAGCUUUGAAUUUAGAUGAAGAAGAUGCUGCAAUCAAGUGGCCAUAUGUACCAAGUUUUGUUGUUGAAUUAUCAUCAAUACAGUCAAAAAUUAAAAAUAUUAUAGACAUGAAUUUUUUGAAUGAUUAUUAUGAACCAACUUUGGCAAUACUUUUUGAACCUUGCCAAACUUGGCCCGGGAAAUUAAAUUCACAAAAAGACACUUGUUCUCUUAUUGUCAUAUCACUUGAUAUUGCACAGAAAAAAUAUCCAAUAAUAUAUUCAAUGGACAACUUGCCACAUUCUUGUGUAAAGACAGUUCCAGUUCCAAAACCUAUAGGCGGUAUACUUAUAAUAACAGCUAAUGCAUUAAUUCAUGUAAUUAAAAAUUCACCAGGAAUAGGUGUUUCUGUUAAUGGUUAUGCAUCAUCAACAACAGAUUUUCCGCUUGAUAGUUCAUUUGAGCAUUUGGGGAUUACCUUAGAAGGCUGUAAACAUGUCUUUUUGACAACUGACGAAAUAUUACUUGCUUUGAGAAAUGGUGAUUUAUACCUUGCAAAGUUAAUAAAGGAUGGAAGAUCAGUCUCAAAAAUUAGUUUGGAAAAGGUUGGCAAUGAUACAUUGCCAUCAUGCGCAUGUUACAUUACAGAUGGGUAUUUUUUCCUAGGUUCAAGACUUGGAGAUUCUCAUCUGAUUCAAUAUAAAACACUAAAGAUUGAACCAAAAUCCAAUGGUGUUGUGAAUGGCUUUGAAGUUCAAGAAGUACUUCAAGAAGCAAUUCAAGAAGUACUUCAAGAAGCAAUUCAAGAAGUACUUCAAGAAGUAUUUCAAGAAGUAUUUCAAGAAGCAAUUCAAGAAGUAAUUCAAGAAGUAAUUCAAGAAAUGAUAGAGCAAUUUACAUAA